AUGAGCGCGCAAAAUAAUCCUCCGCCCGAGAAGGCGCUAGAUACACCGGCGAAUGAUAACAGCGGGACAGAUAGCCCGUCCGAGGUUGAGCUUGAGCAGGAUAUCGUCAAUGAGAAGUCGCUGUUGAGGAAGCUUGAUCUCAAGCUUCUGCCGGCGGUGGGCAUCUUGUACCUUCUCUCAUUCCUCGACCGAUCUAAUGUGGGCAAUGCUCGAAUUGAAGGCCUUACCACUGAUCUCAACAUGAGUAUGCUGCCUCAAUCCGACAAAUGGGUUAAAACCGAACCGAUGUAG